GUUGUGGCCUGCCCGAGUGCGAGAAGGAGAAUCGAGGAGGGAAGAGUGUUGUAGAAAGGUGUCCUUUCAGCGCUAAACGUGCGCCAAAUCGCACCAAACUUGGCCCACGGAUAGUUAAGGGUCUAAUCUACGUUGCUGUUAAUUCGCAAAGAUGUCGACUCAGCGGGUACGGAAAAAUCCCUCCCCAAACUUGGCGCAUGGGUCGGGGCCAAAGCUGCAGCCCAUCAAGGCCACCAAGGUUUUCUCGCUCCGGCAGGGAAGCCCCGUCUCCAAAGCCUCGCCAUCGUCCUCCCCCACGCCGCUAUGGCCAUCAGGGAAGAACAGAAGAUCCCCCGACCACAGAGCGUCCCCCGAGCGUCGGAGCCCGACUUCACCGGGACUAAAAGGAACGAAGCCUCCUCGGACCAGCCCCUCCCCUUCCAUCCGCCGGACAUCCUCCCUGGACACCAUCGCUGUCGGGUCCUACCUGAAGGGCAUCUGGCCACAUGACAUCCCUCACCACUACAUGUACGGGCCGCAGAUGGUCAACAAGGCUACACAGACUCCAAGCUCCUGGCUGGAUGCUGACAAAAGAGGAACGUCUCACAAGAGAUCUGCGUCGUGGGGAAGCGCGGACCAGCUUAAGGAGAAAAUUAGGCAGCAGCUGCAGCGGAAUGCGAAACAGAACAACCAUCGCGACGCGGGCCAGAGACAGUCGCCUGUUCCGGGAGACCACUCAGCGAUCCAACAGUCGCCCACCCCCCGCUCCAUACCCAUUCCCAUUCCCAUCACUAGCAUUCCAAAGGGCGCCCUUCCCAGACUAAGAAAUAGUGUGGAGGGUUUGAACCAGGAAAUCGAGCGAGCGUUGUUUAUCACAGCUAAAACCUCAGGGAACGAAGAAGAACGAACUCAGACGGCAAUUUCCAUUCCUGUGCUUCAGGAACCCACCCCCGACGGCCACCGGGCGCCGCUCCCCGGCCAGAGAUCCACGCGCACGGUCGACACACAGACGCCGUACGAGAAUGAAGCGGAACUCAUCUGUGGGGACAGUUCAGGUUCAGGCAGCCGUAGCCAGUCGGUGUCCCCGUCCUUUCCCGGGGAGCGGGACGGCUCCCACCCGUCCUCCAGAGGGAGCUCCACAGAGAGUCCGGGAAACGAGGCAAAAGACAAAGAGAACAUAAGCACUCCGUCACCAAAAUACGAAGUUUCGCCCAAACCAACCAAUAACAUCCUUGUGACAGACAUCGCCUCGGAGAUGGGGAGCAUGUCUCCGCUGCCAAAGUACGCCGCCUCGCCCAAGCCCAACAAUAGUUACUCCUUCGCACGAGAGCCCCCAGACGGUUGUGAGAAAGUCAGCGCGAUCGAUGAAUCAAAGAGCAAAGUGCGGCUGCCCUUGGACCAAUCCAUGUUCUUCUGCCCAGAUAAGAACAAGAUCAACUUCAUUCCGUUUGGCUCGGCUAGCUCUGCCUUCUGUCCUAUCCUUAACAGCAAAUACAAGGCUCUGUCACCCGUGGGGUCGGAGAUCGAGAGUCUGGCGGUGAAGUCCCCCGCCUCCCAGCCCACAGCACAGCCGACCAACGUGGACAGCACAUGCCUCUAGAGGGGGUGCUGCCACUGCGCAGAACAGCCGACCUGGGCCUGACCUCACCAGCCCUUCCGCCAACCUUCCACACUCAGACGUUAUCGUGUUCAGAAAUCCAGAAGAAAAAAAACAACACUUGGACUGUGCCGUUGUGUUCCGUUCUAGUCUUUACUUCCGUGGUUGACAACCGUACACAGUGUUUAUCAAUGGUGCUGUAUCUCAUGAAGCAAAUGCAACAUUGUUUUUUUUCUCCCAACAGCAGUUACAUACCACCACACCUAUCACCAGGCUUGAAAGAAAUAGCUGCAGAAUGUGGAUGACGUCACACAAAUGGUGAUGUCAUUGGGUGACAUCACCGCUGUCCGUGUGGGUUAUGACAUCAUCAUUACACGUGUAGAAUCAAGAUAACCUUGUGUCUAAAUAAUAGAUUCUUCCAAGCUGAAUGACAUUCACUAUCAACUGUGAGUCAUGAGGAGGCUAAAACAUCGCUCAAUGAUUCAGAAACGUAUGUCAACAGGAACAGUUAUUUUGACUUGCCUCAUUCAAACCCUGCAUUACUUUUAAUCUCACCAUGUUUUCAGUUCAGCAGAUAGGCAGUCCACCAUAUGUUCCUUCCCACCACAUGAUAGUCUCAACUGUAGUUACGCUGUUCACCAUUCAACAGAAGAGCCACAGAGCUCGAUGUUUUACACCACUAGGCAAUUGAUGUUUGUAUUGCACCCACCCUGCAAUCUACCUGAUUUGAAAGGACCGUGACUUAACACAAUUUGAAAUCCAGGUUGAUUCAAUCUGGGAAGGUUGAAUCAAGGAAAAUUUGGUCUGGUUGAGACUGAAAGCACAAGUAGUAUUCUUAGCAUACCUGUGUUUGUGUAUAGAAAACAAUUUCUUUUCAGUGACUCAAAGCUCUACCCCCUAUUGUAAAAGUUGGGCUAGUCCAGAAUUGUUUUCCAGUGAGUUAACAGUCAAGAGUUUGGGGUGUAUGAUAUGAUGUCUACUGACAAAGGAAGAUUUACGUUCAGUAGGGUAUGUAUAGUCGCCUGCCGUGCAUGUAACAUAUUGCUUGUAAAAAUGCUGAUAGUGUAGCUUGCCUGUUGUGUUUUACUCGGCAGUUAAGUGAAGGUCUAGGAGUUAGUGCCUACUGUAGACAGAAGUUGAUGUCUGUAUUCCUUGGUGGUAGCCCCCCCCCCUCCUAUCACUUACAAUGGAUGGUUCCAGAACUACUAGUAAGCAGCAUUUACCAAGGUUAUGGCUUGGAUGAAAAAAAAAUCUAAGAGAGGAACCUGUUGGUGUAAUUCAAGGUUACCGGUACAAGAUAUAACGUUAUAAGAUUGUUAGAGAUAUGGAUAUAUAUUACAGUACCAUCCUGAGAAGGGGGUUAUUGUAUGCCCCAGGAUGUUUGGUACAGAGAGAGAGAAAAGAUAUGUGUGUUGAUGUUGGAUGUAUGAAGACUACUACACUGCCUAAUCAUAAGGAAGACAUGGUAGACUGGUGAUAAGUCCAGAAUGUACCAGGGAGAACACAUGUAUGUCUAUGAAGAAUGAUUGUAAUAUGUGUGUGUAUGAUCAGAGAAAAUAAUGAAUAUAUGUAUGUAGUAGGAGUGUUUUGUUUCCUACAUUUUGGCAAGAUUGGAGCUUGCCAUUGUAAAACCUACAUGUAUAACAACAAAACUUACAAAAAAUAAUUUUUGAAGGUUAUGUUAAACCGACAGUUAAGAUCUAUAUGUUUUUGUUUUAUAUUUUCAUCAUUCCCGUGUGUGUUAUAGCUGAAGACAGCAACGACAGUGUCAUAUGGAUGUAUAGAUUGGUUUGAAUUUGAUAGUGUAAAAGAUUGUUAUUGGGUGGAAAUGAAGACUCAGUUUUGAGUUCGAGCUAAGAAGAGUAUGCUGUCUCCUGUGUACAUUGUUAAGGACUUAUCACUGCUGCCCAUGUGUUCCCUUAGCUUACCAUUGUGAAGUUCCAGAUUGUGUAUUUUUCUAUAUUUACUCAGUUGAUGUUAGCCGGUGUGUACGUUGCUGUGGAUAUGUUAUGAAUAUUCAUAGGUAGGUGUGGCAGUUGUCAUGACAAGUUGCUAUGGCAGCAAAAACUUUACUUACUUAGAAAGAAAAGAAAGAACAUUUUACAAACAGCAAUUUACAUAGAUGUCUACCUACUGUACCAUUGUUUUUGUAUGAAACACGAAAAAAUGUGAAUGCCAAGACAAAAAAAAAGAAUGUUGUGAUUCCAUGAGUGGAAAUCUAGUUGUGUACCAGUAGUUGUGAUAGAGAGAUGUCAUUUACUGGGAAAACUACAAAUGUUGUCAAUGUAUAUUGUAUUGUACUAGUUCUGGUUUCCAUGGUAACCAAUUGAUUGACGGCUGAGAGUUGCCACGUUUCCUUGCGCGAAGAGAAGCCAAGACAGAGGAAAUGUGGAUCAAAAUGACAUUAAUGUUACUUAACCUUCCCACAAGUUGUUUGAAGUGUACUUAGGCCAUUUUUACCCUGCGUACAUCCCUGUACAGAGGAUGGUACAGUCUUACGGUCACUGUUGGAAGAGUCCAUUUUCUGUGAGAAGGGGUUCAUAGGUUGUUCCUGUAAGGAUACUACUGUUAUCAACUAGAGGACAACUCUAGUUGUCAGUUGAAAAGUGGGUGAUUUUGAACACAUACUCUACUAUCAGUCUAGUGUACUGGUGCGUUGUAAUUAUGAUGGUUCAGUGACUUGUUUUUUGAGAAGAGUGGACAAAAGUCUGUAUCCUCUGAAUGUACUUUUUUCUACAGAGUGUAAAUCGUGCAGAAAACUCAGGGCAAUAGAGAAAAAAACUUGCCAGGACUUCAGGCCUCAUUUGCAUUCUUACAUAACUACUGAACAGGUACUGACUUAGGUAACCGGUGUUACACAAUCAUAGUACUUAAUGCACAGUGGCUUGGCUUACUUUCAUGCAAAAAACAACCAAGAAAAAGGAAACAUGAAAAUGCCAACAAAUCUGUCGCAUAUGAACAAAACCUGCCAUAUUUUGUCACCUACAUGUCUUAAAUUAAAACGACUGUGUCACUGAGAUAAUAAAAGUGUGAUCUAUGUACCAACUUGAAGUAGGUAACUCCAAACUACCUACAUGUUUAUUAGGAAGUGCUACUCUAGGCAUACCAAGGCAGCACUCUUCAUAUCUUUUAUUUCCUAUUUUACAGGACACAUUGACUAUUGUAUAUGGUCUCUAUACCAUCACUAGUUUCCAUGAUUUGGGCAAUAUCUGAUGCGAAACAAUAAAUGCUGGCAGAAAUCCUGGCAAGUUUGCAAUAUCAGGAACACAAAAGAGGGCUGGUUGAUACGUGACUUUGGUCCAAGUAGUAGUACUUUCUAUUGAGAUAACCAACAAGGUAGCGGUUACCUGUUAUACAAGGAAAAGUUAUUAAAAAAACAGCAAAUGUUUUGACAAGUUUUGGACUGUUCGAAAGUCUCUUUGAUUGAAAGUUGAAGGACAGCAACGAAACCGUGUCAUGGUUGCCUAUCUUGUUCCCCCCUCUUGUAAAGUUAAAGACAGUUCCAUUCAGCAUUGUUCUUGGAUGGGGUUUGGAAGGAGACAUUUUUGUGAGGGGGAUGAUGUGUGUUGACUACAGAUUAAUGGCUGUUUAUCAUUUGUCAGACAUUUUGGACCCUUCGACUUUACCCAUAGAAGCGGCCCAGACAGGAAGGGAUGUUCAUAGGAAAACAAGCAGGGCAGCCAAAAAUAUGUGUAUGAAGAAAAUAAACAGUUUGAAGA